AUGUCUUCUGAUCUCAAUGGUCUCCUCAGUGCAAACCACAUGGAAGGAAACAAAUGGCUGCCCCACAAGAUCGCACAUGCCACUCUGAAAGGGCCGAAUGUGGUCAAAGAGAUCUGCAUUGGAAUAACGCUGGGCAUUCUCGCCGGUAGCAUGUGGAAGAUGCAUCACUGGAACGAGCAGAGGAAGACCCGAGCCUUCUAUGAUAUGCUCGAAAAAGGGCAGAUAAGCGUUGUUGCUGCUGAAGAAUAGAUUACGCACGUCUUCUCCCUUUUGAAGGAUGUUUAGUUUGGCAACUUUUUUCUCUCCAAAGUUGAGGGUAAUCAUAUGAAUUGAUUUGAUCUGUUGCUGGCCAUUGAAUAAGUUCAAGUCAUGGAUUCUGAGAAACUUUACACACUCUUUUUGAUUUGAAAUGGAGUGAUUAGUUGGAAUUUUUUAUUAGCCUCUCUCUAA